CAGUAGGUGAGUGAACCAGGGGGAGUAGAGUUUAAGUGGUGAGGAGUGGAACCGUUGUCUGGUUGUGCACCUUCCACCAUGGUUGACACCCGUACAGGGAAGAGUACUGCCCCCUCCGAGGCCGAGCAGGCCCGGAUUGCCGCCCUCUUGAAAGAAAAGAGAGAAAAGAAGGAGCUCUUGAAGCAGGCAAAACUAAACGUUGUUGAGGAGGAAGAGGCGGCGCAGAAGAAAAGAUUGGAGGAGGAGAUGAUAAGAUUUCAAAGGGAGAAGUUGAUGUUGAUAGAAAGAGAGAAGGAAGAAAGGAGGAAGGCUGCAGAGGAAGAAGCAGCAAGAGAGGAGGAAGAAGAAAAGGAAGAACCCCUUGAGAGGAGACGCAGAGAGGAGAGAGGGGAAGUCAGUGGCACGAAGGAGGAAGAAGAUAGAUGGAGGGAAAAGAAGAUCAGCAAAUGGGUGGCUAACUUAUCGUUAGGAGAAGACGAAGAAGCAGAGUUGUAUGUACCACAGGAGGAGAGAGAGGCGUUUGCCAGGGCACUAGAGAUGAUAGAAGACCCUGUGGAACGCCAGGAGACAGAAAAUGAGAAGAAGUUGGAGUGGAAGUUAAAAAUGACGAGGGAGAAGAAGCGAAGGAGGGAGGAAGCCAGUAGAAUAGCCGGGGAUGUUGAGCGUGUGCGAACCGACCGGCAGGAAUUGCAGGUCCAAACAGAGGUCUCUGCGAAACUGGACAAGGUGAUGGGCUUCCUAGAAAUUUUGAGAGAGGCCUGGCUAGAAGAGCACCUGGCCCGUAAGGGCCAAGAUGUGACGUUGCAAGCGAUGCGAUAUGGGUUUAGGGAGUUUGCGAGCGACGUGGGGCUGAGAUUAGAAGACUCCGGGAUGGUGUAGACAAGUUCUGCGCUGGAGUCAUCGAGACCGCUAAGGUUGUGGCCACGAUAGAGGCCACAGCUCGCCCUCGCAAAGA